GGUUAAGGUCAACGCGGGCGGUUAGGCUUUACUCAACACGUCAAUCUGGCGGGAAUAUAAGAUGCCAGAGUUAACUAGAGCAGAUAGGAUUGCUGCUGCUCAAAAGAGACUUAGAGAAUUUCAAGCCGCUAAAGCUAAUAAACAACCAAAUGAAGCUUAUGUAAAUCAAGCUUAUUUCAAUGUCUCGGGGACUGAGAAUUAUCAAACAGAUUUCGUACUACACGAAGAUAAUCACUUCACACCACAAAUUGAUAGCGGUCAUUCCUAUCAACUUGAGCAAAAGCAAGAAGAACAUCAGGCACCAUCUCAACAUGGAUAUGUCAGUGAAAAUUGUGUAAAUGUCUCAGUAAAUCAGCCACAGUUAAAUUUAUCAUUAUCAUCUGCAUCAAGUGUACCACAGAGUAAUGAUACAGUUAUAUCACUCACUGACUAUUUCAAUAAUCCUACUCCCUACUAUCAUCAUCCAUCGCUUGAGCCUCUUCCUAAUAAUUAUGAUACUGAUAAAAAUUCUGUUUCUUUUAAUGAAAACGUCAAAGAUGUUGUUUUAAAUGACUUAACAGUUCAUUCAAAUCUCACUGAUAAGCAUCAGGUUGUUGCUUCAUCAUCCCCUAACCCAUCGUCAUCUGCAUUUCAAACACCAAACAAAAUUAUAAAUCAUACUAUACCAGUGACUAGUAAUACAGAAUACCUCAGUUAUUCUAUGUAUAAUCCUAGUAAUAAGGAUAAUCAUAGAAAUGAUGUCGAUAUAUCUGCUAAUAUCGAAUUUAACAAUCACCAAGAUAAAUUAAAUUCUAACAAUCUUACUGUUUGCACAACAUCAUAUUAUCAUCCUUCUUCUGAGUCUGCUGCUAUUUAUUAUUCUAAUCAGGCAAAUGAUAUGCACUAUAGACAGUCCACUUAUCCGAAAUCUGGUAUUAAAGUAGAGGAGGAAGUGAUAAACAAUAUAAAUGUUGAAUUAGCUUCAAUGUUAGAAAAACGUAAUCUAGCCUAUGAACGUUUAACAGUGAAACUUGAUUCAAUGAAAGAACAAUAUGAACGUCGAUUAAAUGAUUUGACGAAUGAACGUAAAAAUUUAGAAUCUAGUUCUCAACGAGAUUUAGAGAAAACUAAAGAACAAAUUAGAGCACACGCUAAAACUAUUGGAGUUUUAGUAGCUGAAAAAACUGAACUCCAAUCACAAGUGACACAUUUAGAUAAUUUGGCUGUGCAAAGAUUACGAGAAAUUGACGAUGUCAAUUCUCGAUUAAAAGCAUCACGUCAACAGAUUUUAGAUUUGGAGCGUAGUUUAUCAGAUAGUAGAGAAACUGUGAAUAGUUUACAAACUGAAGGCAAUGAUCUACAAAAUCAGAUUAAAUGUCUUCAAGGUGAAAUAAAACGUGAAAAAAAUACACGUCAAAAUCUUGAAAAUGAAUUAGCUGAAACAAGUUCACGAUUAACAGCAAAAUCAUGUGAAUUAGCUCAAACUGGCAUAAGUUUAAAUGAAUUAAGACAACAGCUUGAAUUAUCACAAAUUUAUGUCAAUCAAUUAGGAAGUACAGGUGAUAGUUUAAUGCAAUUAGAAGAUAAAAAUUAUCGUAAACUAUAUGAAGAAUGGUUAGCAGAAGAUGUUGAUCUACAGAAUCGAUUGAAAGAACUUGAAUUAUCAUUAUCUUCUGCUGAUGCAGAAAAGAAACGAAUGGAUGCGCAAUAUCGUAAUUAUGUUGCACAGGUUGAACAACAAGCAAAUGAUUUACUUUCACAAUUAUCUGAAACAAAUAAAUUAAAACAAGAAAUGGAAUUGUCAUUGGAAUCCGUUAGUCGACAAUUACGUGAAAAAAAUGAUGAAAUCAAUGACUUAACAUGUCGUUUGAAUUCAGUUCAAAUAAUUCCUACUUCAUUGGCGGCUGUUCAAACUCAACUAUUAACAUCAUCGUCAUCAUCUGCUGCUGAUGCCGUCACUAUUGAAGAACAACAACAUGUCAACUCUACACCGUCUAGCCAACAACAAGAAUCAUUGGAACAAAUAGAAAUUUUGGAAAAUCAAUUGAAAUGUCGUGUCGAAGAAUUAGAACACUCUAAUAUUGAAAUUCAUCGAUUACAUAGUCAAUUAUCGUUAUUGGAAGAAACAAUUAAACAAUUACAAAAUUCAUUAGCUGAUCGUGAUGCUGUAUUGGCUACAGCUACAUCGGAACGUACUACAUUAAGUCGAGCUGUAGAACAAAAUAAAAAUCUUAAACAACAAUUAUCUGAUUUACAAACUGCAUACACACAAAUGUGUACAAAUUAUCAAUCAGAAAUUAAAUCAACUAAUGAAAUGAAUUAUGCAUUAACUAAACAAAUUGAACAUUUAAAUAUUUUACAAAUGGAAAAUCAAAAUCAAUCAGAAAAUAUUAUUAGUUGUACUAUAUUAUCAAUAGAUAAUGCAACACAAACAAUGAAUGAUACUGAUAUUGUACAUGAUCAUCAACAUUUGACAAUGAAUAAUUCUAUACAAAUUAAACAACAACAACAGCAACCAACAGAGAAUAUGAUCAAUGAAGAAAGUGUAAGUAAUAAUCUGAACCAACUGCUAAAAGAUGAGAUUACAUCAUUAAGAAAUUUGUUCACACGUAUUUCUGUAAUUUGUCAAUGGUUUGAAUGUGAAAAUGGCAAGAUGAUUGAUGUCAACCAAUGUAAUGAUCCAGUUUAUUGUGUUAAUCUAUUAGAAGAAUCAAUUCAAAAGCUAAUAAGAAAACAUUCAACAAAUCUAAUUGAUAAUUCUGUACAAUCGCCAGAUUAUAGUAUGAAACAAGAAGAAUUAACAUCCUAUAUGGAAAAAUUACAAAAUCUUCAAGUUACUCAUACACAAUUGGAAGCUAAAUUUUUAAAAUGUAUGGAAGAGCUUAGCACUGUGAAAGAAGAACGUUCUACAUUAGAAAGUAUAAAUACUCAAUUAGAAAUGGAAGCUGCAACCGUAGAAGAAUAUGUGAUACUAUUUACACAUCGACGUGCUGCAGCUGCAAAACGUGCAAAAGCUCGUGAAUUAUUACUACAACGUUUAGUAGAUGAUAGAAGACGAUUACGUGAUCAUUUGAAAAAACUUUUUUCACAAAUACAACCAGUUAGCAAUGGAAAUGAUGAUUCAAAUAGUCAAACAGAGAUUGUAGAACAACAACAACAAGUCAACGCCAAAGUGAAUGAUUCAAAUCAUCUAGAAAAUGGAUUCCUAAAUGAAUUUCGUUCACUCAUUGACGAAAUUGGACUAUCCAAUGAUGAGAAAGAAUUUGAAGCUGGUCUAUCCGAUUUAAAUGAUGAAGAUGUCAAUGACAAUGAAAUAGAAAAUCCAACUAAUAACAACAGCGAACUCGUUUCUGAUUUAACUACUACUGCAAAGCAUCAUUUCACAUUGGAAAGUUUACGAUAUGAAGCGUUACGUCAUGACUGUCCACAUUGUAAAUGUUGUGUUGGCACAUUAUUGGAAGUGUAGUACUCUCGUUGUUUCGUUUUUUUCUUUAACAAUUAUUGAUUCGAUUUCAAUGAUUUCAAUGCACACACCACCCACCAUUAUGUCUUUCAUGAUUAUUAUAGAAUAAGCAGAUCAAUGUCACUGUAAAAUUCUUUUUUGAAAAAAAACAAAACAAGUGAUCAUUUUGUACAGAAUUUUUUUUCAUUUGAAUAUAAAAGUCUCUCUUUUUUUUAAAAAAAAAAUUGUCAAUAGUAUUAUAAACAUGAACAAUAACCGUUAUGAAUCAAUUAUGUGUUGUCACAGUAAGUAGUCUUGUUGCUUAUUUUCUAAAUUUUUAUUUUCAUUUGUUUUUGGUUUAUAAUCAAUAUUCCAUUUUACCUUUGGGGGCAAAUGAGUUUGUUUGUGUUAUUUUUUGCUUGAGGAAAUUGGAAUAUUAUUUAUUCUCAAUACUCCAUUUAGUGACU